CGAUAGGAAUUUUGUUCCUAUGAUUUAGUAUCAGAGCCUGGUUGGGUACAUCACGAGUCACCGUUAAGGAACUGCUGGACCGGCUGGAGGCCACACUUGAAGCCAGCUGGGCAGAGAAGACGGCGCGGUUGGCGGCUCGACGGCCGCCCUUGCAGUAGUUCGGACGGGUACGUGAACCAAGACAGGGCUGAAUGACGCGAUUUCCGCCCCGAUGGCAGAGGCCGAGGAGGAAAUUUCAGCAGACGUGGGUCCCGGUGGGGAGGCAAAGGCGACGGUUCAGGAAGGCGACGUUGUCUUGCGAGUUGAGCGAGGUAAGUCUCCAUCACCGUUGGAGCCGCGUCGUGAGAAAAUGGAGUCGUUCAUGACGAUGCCGCUGGUAAGAGGAUCGACGGAGCUGCUAGCAACAAUAUUGGAACAAACGGUGGAGGCUCCGCCAUUAACCGUGCCGCUAGAGGAAGACAUGCGGUUUGAGGCACCGACGAGUGCGGAGGAGAUGACUGAUGAUGGCGCCUAAUGGGAAAUCAAUGCAGCGGCAUCAACCUAAGAGGAGGCAAGGCCGAAAUUGGAUUGGGUUCCUAGCCACCGGAUGAAGGAAUUGACGUCGAUGAUGAUGGAGAACGGAGGUUGCGUCUCCUUCCUAAACCCUAAGGCGCGUAGGGUGGCUCAAGCAAUGCUGCGGUCGGGCUCUGUGGUGCCUGGGCUGCUAGGCCUGAUGGGCUCAAGGAAAAACCACUCUCUUAUUCUUACUUUGUGGAGUUUGAAAAGGAGGGUGGAGGAUCAUUUGGCCAUGGUUGCGACACGAGCCUCAUGGGUAGGGAAGAAGCAAUCGGAGUCGGAGUUGCUUGUGUAAGAUUCGUUCGAGUGGUGGAGCACGAUUGGAAGGAAAAGAAAGAGAAAGAAUUGGAGGGGACAAGGUGUGGAUUGCACGGGAAGCAUGAAGAAAUGGGUCAAGAUGAUCAACCUUGAGGGCAAGGUUGGUCUCGAGGGGGAGGGGAUGUUAGAAAUCGAUUUCUUUAGGGUUUCUAUAUUUAUUAAUAUGAUAAUUGUUAUUAUGGUUAGUAUUCUUUUAAUCGUAUUAGGUUUACUAUUAGGAUUUUCCAGUAAUUCCCUAUAUAUAUAUAUAUAUAUAUAUACUUUGUGAUUCAUUCGUAAUCAAUAAGAAGAAUAUUAAGAAAAGUCUUCCGAAUAUUAAGAAAUGCCUCCACUGGCUUGUCUCUCUUUUGGAGCUCAACCUUGGCCUCAGGCAUUGGAGCUUCUGGCUUCGUCGUGCCUGGCCUAGGGUUCGGAGUAGUAGGCAAACUAGGUCUUAGUGCACUUGUGGGAGGUAGGUACCUUCUUCCAAGGUUGCUUCAAUGUAUUCUCAACCUUUGCAGCCAUCGCCACCAAAUCGUGCAACUCCACAAGUAGUAGAAUCUCCACCACGUUUUUUAACUCUCGAUUGAGACCUUGUUAAAAUGGUGCAAUGGUGGCUUCUUGAUCCUCUUCUAUAUCUGCCCUGAUCAUGAGCAUCUCCAUCUCUUUGUAGUAGUCUUCUACGCUCUUGGUGCCUUGUCAUAGAACUUGUAGGGUUUCAUGCAUAUCUCUUCGGUGGCAGCUAGGCACAAAUCGAUCCCUCAUGAUGCCUCUCACAUCUUCCCACAUCUCAAUAGACUCAUUCUUUUCGUACAAAGUUGAUCCCACCAAACCAUAGCAUAAUCUGAGAACUCUAGAGUAGCCAAUGUCACCUUCUUCUUUUCAGAAUAAUUAUGGCAAUCAAAUAUUAGCUCCAUCUUCCUCUCCCAAUCUAGUUAAGCAUUAGGGUUGGUGGUGCCUUUGAACGACGAAAUAGUAACUUCAAUAUUCUCCAUCUCGUCUUCUUCAUCACGUGGAUAGGCAUCCUCGUCUUCAUACUCAACUUCCUUGUCUUCCUCAUGAAAUCGUUUUUGAUUCCUCCUUGAUGGGUGCGGCAUCCCCAAUGCUUAAUUUCGCCUCAUGUUCUCAAUCAAUGGAACUUCAGCAACUCAACAUCCUCGGCCUCGUUCCCUUUGAACUCGUUCUUGAUUAGGGUUAGGAUUAGGGUUUGCUUCAGCUAUGGGAUGUUGAGGUGGGGGUACGAUAUGUUCUUGAAUCCUUCAUUCGAGGGCUUCAAACCUUGCUUCCAUGCGCUCCAAAGAAAAUGAACACCUUCUGGAACCGCAAGAAAUUCUUCAAAAAUGUCAAUAUAUUUUAAGACCUUCAAGAGACGCACAAAAACCUUCAAGGCAUGUCCAAGAUCUUCAAGAACACAUCCAAGAAUCUUCCUUUUGUCGUUGUGUUUGAAUCGGGCUCUAAGGCUGACCCCAAUGGAGUCUGCAUAAAUAGGGCAAUCGCCAUUAAUGGCGUGGUGCCACCUCCAACACGACUCCCUUGUAUGAUGUCAUGACUUUUGAUAAUCUAAGUUCUAAAUAUAGGAGUUAUAUUCUU